GGCAUUGUUGUUAUUGGACAGAAUUCUCACUGCUUUUGGGGAUGCUUUUCGCAUUGUUUGUAAUCCGUUCUGAUGUCACGGUGGGGAGGGAGGGGCCGGGUGCUCCACAGACCGACAGCUGCCGGAGAAUCAGGGAAGAUGGUGGAGUCGCUCUGGGUGAACGGGACUUAAGGGUUGUUUCUAGAAUCACGGGCUGAUGACAAAGAAUAUAGAUGAGAUCCUGACUCCUUCAGCUGCCUGCUCCUCCCAACCAAUCAGACGUGAGCCCACGGCCAACCAGAGCUGAGCUCACACAGGGUGGGGUCGUGUCCAAGGACUUCCAACCUAAAAAAAACAAAAAACUCAAACUUCUCACUGCUCAAACUUGGGCCCGGCAUCGGUGGAGUUGGGCCGUUCACCCAGGGAGAGCUGGGACAUAGAUGAGCCUGCCCGUGCCUUGUGGCCCUUGCUGGACCCCGUAGCUGCGGCUGGACGAUGUGCUUCCUGUAGACCGCCAGCCCGCGCGCGCCUGAGCCAGCCAUGAACCACGAGGAGGCGGAGCUGGGGGAGGAGCCAGCAGGCAGCAGGGCGGAGCUGAACGAGGCCGUGGAGGCCGACCUGGAGGCGGGGGAGGAGCCUCGGCCCCAUCACCGCCGUCGGCACGACAACGGCGGCGGGCGACCCCGCGGGCAGAGUGGCCACGGGGGGGCGCCGGAGAACGGCGAGAGACAGAACCAUCACCACGGCAACCAGCCCGCCCCUGCCGCCCCGCGUUACCGUCGCUACGACACCUCGGGGGGGCCGGGGAGCCGCGCCCGCGGCCAGCGGCGGUCCUCGGACGAAACGGAGGUGGAGCAGCAGCCCCCUCUGCCCCGCCCGGGCGUGGCGCGAUACCGCCGGCAGAGCGACAACGAGGCGCGCCUGCGGGCCCAGCAGCAGAGGCAGCAGCAGCGCCAGAGACAGGCGCAGCAGAGGGAGGCAGAGCGGGCGGAGCCCCAGCCCCAGGCCCCGCCCCCGCAGGCCGCGCCCGCCCGGCGGGAGGAGCUAGAGGAGGACGAGGAGGGUGGGGACUCGGCGCUGGCCCGCUCCGCCAGCACGGAGAGCGGCUUCCACAACCACACGGACCGAGCCGAGGGGGACGCCGUCAUGUCUCUGGAGCCCGAGGGCGAGGACGAGAGCGCGUACAGUGCCCCCUACAGGCCGGAGGCUGACGAGUACACCGAGAGCGCCGAGGCGGAGCAACACGAGGGCUCCGCCCAGCCCCGCCCCCAGCCCCGCCCACAACCCCGCCCACAACCCCAGUACCCUCCCCAGCCUCCGCCGCUGCCCCAGGAGCCCCUCCCCAACGUCGACCGGCCCCUCACCCAGGACGUGGAGGCCCUCAACCCCACCUACUCCAGCUACGUCUACACCCAGCCCCUGUACCGGACGGGCGGGGGGCGGGGCGAGGCGGUGGAGGGGGCGGACCCAGAGGACGAGCCCUACGCCGAACCGUACGCUGACUACGGGGCGCAGGAGCACGUGUACGAGGAGAUUGGGGACGGGCCCCAGCCCGACGCCGAAGCGGAGGGGCCGGGGGAGGGGGAGCCGGACGGGGAGGGCGAGACGGCCCAGCAGAGACGGGCGGGGUUUCGGCUCUUCGAGCGGGACAGCUACCGCCAGCAGGAGGCGGUGGGCUCGCGCCUCCACCACUACGACGAACGCUCGGACGGCGAGUCGGACAGCCCCGAAAAGGAGGCGGAGUUCGCCCCCUACCCCCGCAUGGACAGCUGCGACCAAGAGGAGGACAUCGACCAGAUCGUCGCCGAGGUGAGGGAGAGCCUGAGCUCCCAAAGCCUGGAUCGGGUGGCCCGCGACUGGCCCGAAUCCGAGCACGGCUCCCAGGACCUACCGGAGGAAGAGGAGGCCCACAGACCCCCGGACGGGGAGGUGGAAGGAGAGGGGGAGGCGCACGAGGAGGCCCAGGAGGUGUGCGAGGAUGAGGACGAGGCGCUUCAGGACGUGGAGAACCAGCUUCCCCAGGAGGAGGAGCCUCUGCAGAGGCACAGCAAGGAGAAGAGAGACGCCAUCUCCCUGGCCAUCAAGGACAUCAAGGAGGCCAUCGAGGAGGUGAAGACCAGGACGGUGCGCUCCCCGUACACGCCGGACGAGCCCACCGAGCCCAUCUGGGUGAUGCGGCAGGACCUGAGCCCCACCGGGGACUGCGAGCUGCAGACGCCACUAGGGGGAGACUCUCCUGGCUCUGGCUCUACCUCCCCCCAGGGGGCUGAGUCCUCUGGGCAGCAGCUGCUUGAGGGCAGUGACAGCUUCGAGUCACCAUCACCGGCCAGCAAGGAGCCCAGGAGGAGUUUGGCCUCCUUCCCGACCUACGUUGAAGUUCCUGGCCCGUGUGACCCUGAGGACCUCAUCGAUGGCAUCAUAUUCGCCGCCAACUACCUGGGCUCCACCCAGCUCCUGUCGGACAAAACCCCGUCGAAGAACGUGCGCAUGAUGCAGGCCCAAGAAGCGGUCAGCCGGAUCAAGACGGCCCAGAAAUUAGCCAAAAACAGGAAGAAGGCUGCUGAGGGGGAGGCCCAGCCCAUGACCGAGGUGGACCUGUUCAUCUCCACCCAGCGAAUCAGAGUGCUCAACGCUGACACACAGGAGACCAUGAUGGACCACCCUCUGAGGACCAUCUCCUACAUUGCGGACAUCGGGAACAUCGUGGUGCUGAUGGCGAGGAGGAGGAUGGCGCGCUCCAACUCGCAGGAGAACGUGGAGGCGCUGGACCCCGCCCAGGAGGAGAAGCGCCAGUACAAGAUGAUCUGCCACGUCUUCGAGUCCGAGGACGCUCAGCUGAUCGCGCAGUCGAUUGGCCAGGCCUUCAGUGUGGCGUACCAGGAGUUCCUGCGGGCCAAUGGGAUCAACCCUGAGGACCUGAGCCAGAAAGAGUACAGCGACCUCCUCAACACCCAGGACAUGUACAACGAUGACCUCAUCCACUUCUCCAAGUCCGAGAACUGCAAAGACGUGUACAUAGAGAAGCAGAAGGGGGAGAUUCUGGGCGUGGUCAUCGUGGAGUCGGGGUGGGGCUCCAUCCUGCCCACCGUCAUCAUCGCCAACAUGAUGCACGCCGGCCCGGCGGAGAAGUCCGGCCGGCUGAACAUCGGGGACCAGAUCAUGUCCAUCAACGGCACCAGCCUCGUGGGCCUGCCCCUGUCCACCUGCCAGAGCAUCAUCAAGGGACUGAAGACCCAGUCCAGGAUAAAGCUGAACAUCGUGAGGUGUCCCCCUGUGACCACGGUCCUCAUCCGGAGACCUGACCUCCGAUAUCAGCUGGGCUUCAGCGUGCAGAACGGCAUUAUCUGCAGCCUUAUGAGGGGGGGCAUCGCGGAGCGAGGGGGGGUGCGUGUUGGACACCGCAUCAUCGAGAUCAAUGGCCAGAGCGUGGUGGCCACGCCCCAUGAGAAGAUCGUGCACAUCCUGUCCAAUGCUGUCGGAGAGAUUCAUAUGAAGACGAUGCCGGCUGCCAUGUACCGCUUACUGACAGCCCAGGAGCAGCCCGUUUACAUCUGAGGCUGACCGGAACAUCCCAGUGACCUCUGACCCCCCCCCCGACCACGAGUGUUACCACAGCCCCUCCGUGAUCUCUCCUGUGCAUUUAAUACACCUGUGUGUGUGUGUGUGUGUGUGUGUGUGUGUGUGUGUGUGUGUGUGUGUGUGUGUGUGUGUGUGUGUGAGGACCUUGUACCCCUAUCAUAUUUUCCCAUUUCAUUUCCGGCUGCUGGUUUGUUUGGAUUUUGGUUUCUCAUGUUUGAUGCUUAACAUCACAACACACACACACACACACACACACACACACACACACUGUGUGCACCUCUCUCGUUUGUGGAAGCAUCCUGAUGGCCUUUGUACUGACAGAACAUUCCCCCCGGCACACACCGUGGGUAACAGCAGAAAACUGGACCAAAAUUUGAAUGACACGUGCACAUGUUCCGAGGAACCUUCCACAAAAUAGUUACACAAAGCAGGCCUAUUUUAAGGGUCCUACAGACACAUCAAUCUACAGGUUUUUCAUGCAGCUGAGAAUCAUUAUUUCACUCAUGAUUAUUAUAAUUUUUUUUAAUCACAGAAAAUAAUUCUGUGUACACAUGAGCAGGAAAAUGGUCAAAGUAAGUUUCUCUGUCAGUAAAGUUGUCCAGAGCCAGUUGGUCUGUGACAGUGGAAAUCUGUAUUGGCGCUGGUGACAGACGUACAUUUAGGGACAGACGGACGGUUUGAGAACAGACUUGGACAGAGCCCAAGAUAAACACCAGACAAAUGCAAAUCCGUAUAGUCGGAGCAUCGGAAAUAAAAAAGAAAUUUUUUUGUUUGUUUGGAAAACAAAUUAGCUUGUUAGAAAAAAUAAACAAAUCUGGCAUUUGUAAUAUCUCUCCAAAUAUACAGUCCUGCAGUAGUCUUAUUGGGGAUUAUAAGUUUUUUCCUUUUUCCUUAAGUGCAAUAUUUUGUUUUAGAUAUUUAAAUAAAAUCUUAGUUUUAUUGAAUAUCCAAUAUUUAUGAAAGGGUGAUACUGCAAUUUUUUCCUUUAAUCCUCAGGGCAGACAUUAAUGUUUUGACCACUUUUUUAAUACUUGAAAAUAAAACCUUUCCCCCCUGAACACUUGAAAAAUGGGGGGGUUCAUGUGAA